CAGGGAUGGGGCAGCCACCACUUUGCUGGAAGUCAUCCUCCCCAACCUUCACAGCAAAACAUUUCUUCCCAAGAUCUCAUCUCAAUCUCCCCUCUUUCAGCUCAAUCCCCUCUCCCCUCAUCCUGUCUCUGCCCUCCCUGACCCAGAGCCCCUCCCCAGCUUUCCUGCAGUCCCUUUCAGCUCUCGAAGCUGCUCCAAGGUCUCCCUUUCUCUUCUCCGGGCUGAACAUCCCCAACUCUCUCAGACAGUCCAUGAAUGUUUAUGCUCUUCCUUUGCCGAAGGGCCUUUUUCCUGUCAUUGGUUGCUCAGUUCCUGCUCUUUCAGUCCGUGCAUUACAAUCCCUGCCCACACGGGCCGGGCGUGUGUCGGAGCCCUCACUGCGGUGUCAGUCCGGUUUGGCUCUGCCCGGUGUCCCCGCAGCCCCGGGUGCUCCCCGCGCUGCGGGCGGGGCCGAGGCCACGAGCCUCCUUCCCUCCGCGCCCGGGACUACAGCUCCCGUCGGCCCGCGCCGCCCAUCGCCCAUUGGCUCCGUUCGAGGCGGGGAGCGCGCGCUGCGGAGCGAGGCACGAGCACCGCGGGCUCCUCCACCCCCACCAUGUCCCGAGAGACCAGUAGUGAAGCACAGCAGUCGCAAGGUGCCCAGCAGUCACAGAGUGGAACUGGCUCCUCUUCCAGUGGGUCGCAGAGUACAAGUCAGUCCUCUUCCAGUUCUGGAACCCUCAGUUCUUUGGACACUGUUCCUACUCAGGAACUUCCCUCAAUCCCUGAGGACCAGGAACCUGAAGAGCUUGUUCCUCAGCCGUGGGGUCGACUCUUUGCACUUGGAAAAGGCUUCAGCAACUGUGACUGUGUGAACGAUGAAUACUGGUUUGGAAGAGACAAAAGCUGUGAUUACAGUUUUUCUAAGCUAGGAUUGUCUGAGACUGGCUUUUACCAAAACUACAGCAAGAAGCAUUUCCGAAUUUUCAGGGAAAUGGGUCCAAAAAACUCCUAUGUUGCCUACAUUGAAGACCACAGCGCAAACGGAACUUUUGUUAAUAGAGAGCUCGUUGGAAAAGGGAAGAGGCUUCCACUGACUCACAAUUCUGAAAUUGCGCUGUCUGUACAGACCAAUAAGGUGUUUGUGUUUUCUGAUCUCACGGUGGAUGAUCAGAUGGUGUUCCCUAGAGAAUUCAGAGAGAAAUACAUCAUGUCAAAGACUUUGGGAAGUGGCGCCUGUGGAGAAGUCAAACUGGCGUUUGAGAAGAGCACUUGUAACAAGGUUGCGGUAAAGAUAAUCAAUAAGCGGAGGUUUAUGGCCAGUGGUAUUCCAGAGGCAAACCCAGCUUUUAAUAUAAAUACGGAGAUCGAAAUUUUGAAGAAAAUAGAUCAUCCUUGCUUAAUCAAGAUCAAAAACUUCUUUGAGGCAGAGGAUUACUACAUUGUUUUGGAACUGAUGGAGGGAGGAGAAUUGUAUGACAGAGUGUCAAGGCCAAUCAAGAUGAAAGAAGCUACUUGCAAGUUGUAUUUUUAUCAGAUGCUGCUGGCAGUAAAGUAUCUUCAUGACAAUGGAAUUAUACACCGAGAUCUAAAACCAGAGAAUGUGCUGCUUUCCUCUUCUGAAGAGACAUGUCUCAUAAAGAUUACAGAUUUUGGACAAUCCAAGAUUCUUGGAGAAACUUCUCUUAUGAAAACAUUAUGUGGUACACCCACGUAUCUUGCUCCUGAGGUUCUAAAUUCACUUGGGACUGCUGGAUACAGCCGAGCUGUGGACUGCUGGAGUUUAGGAGUAAUUCUUUUUGUAUGCUUGUGUGGAUACCCACCAUUUAAUGAGCAAAAUACUCAACUAUCUCUGAAAGAUCAAAUCACUCGUGGAGAAUACACGUUCAUUCCAAAAGAAUGGAAGCAUGUAUCAGACUUGGCUCUGGACCUUGUGAAGAAGCUGUUAGUAGUGGAUCCAAGCAAACGUCUUACAACAGAGGAAGCCCUAGAGCAUCCGUGGCUUCAGGAUGAGGAUAUGAAGAGUACAUUUCAACAGCUGCUUGCUCAGACAUGUGCCAGUAUGAAUCCACCACAAACAUCAACAAUGCCAACCACAAUCAGAAAGCGUGUCCAUGAAAAUGAGGAAGAAUCUGGCUCUUCUAAGCGUGCUGUUCCUUCUACGUCUUUUCAGAAGAUUAGGUGAAAAAAAGGAGAAAGUGACUUUUGUUAAUCACAGCUUUUUUUUUAUGGAAAGCAGAUUUUUUUAUUUAAGAAAAAUCUUAAUAGUUUGUUGAAAUCUUAAUAACUGUUGAUGAUGUAAUUGCUAAAUAAAAAU